GCAGGCUGGAGGGUGUGGGGAGGCCUGGCUGCAGCGGGGCGUCGCGCAGCGAUGACGUGAGGCCCGGAAGCUGGUUACACGAGGGCAGGACUGGGCGUUCGUGAUCGGGUCUCAGUGGACACAACUUGCACUACUUUCUUAGCAACUGGAGCGCUGUGGGAGGCGGGACAAUUUGUGAGAUGAGUGACUUGGAAGAUGAUGAUGUCCCCCAGCUUUCUUCCCAUGCCUUAGCAGCUCUCCAGGAGUUUUAUGCUGAGCAGAAGCAACACACCAAUCCAUGUGGAGAUGAAAAAUACAGCGUUGGGAGAAUAGAAGAGAAUUGGCAGUUGAGCCAGUUUUGGUACAGUGAGGAAACUGCUUUGCGGCUCGCCAGAGAAGUGAUCGCAGCUGCUGGGGAAGGCGGAAGGGUGGCCUGUGUGAGCACCCCCACUGUCUACCAGAAGCUGAGAGAGCUGCGCAGGGAGGACAUGGCUGUGUGCGUCUUUGAGUACGACAGGAGAUUCGCCGCUUACGGAGAGGAGUUUGUCUUCUACGAUUACAGCAAUCCCCUGGACUUACCUGAAAGCAUCGCAGCUCAUAGUUUUCACCUCGUCAUCGCGGAUCCCCCGUAUCUUUCUGAGGAAUGUCUCAGAAAAACAUCAGAAACCAUCAAGUACCUGACUCAGGGCAAGAUCCUGCUGUGCACAGGUAAAAACACAAGUGUGAACAGCUCAGUGGCUUGGCCAAUACCCGAAUGGGACAGAACCUUGGCCUCUGCCUUGGACCCUGUGUCCCCCUAAAAUGGGCUCGUUGUGACUCUGCCCAUGGACCACUGAGUCUUCCUGCAGCCCUCUGGGAGGGUCAUAGGGCUUGUGAGGAGCCCCUCCUUCACCCAAGCCCCUCAAGGAGACACGACUUGCCCCAGGAACCAGUGUCCUAGAGCCCCCUGGUUGUCUCCUGCUCUCCCGUUUCUUGGAGGACAGGGUUGCAGCCCAGGUGCCCUCCACCCACCUUAACCCAGCAUCCCAUUAGGGCUGCAGCAAACCUUCCACGGCGCCUGGAAGGGAAAGUGCCCUCUGGAAACAGACGCUGAAGCCAGCAGGCGUGAGGAGCGUGCAGACUCUUCUGUGGCCCCCGCAGGACCCACAGCCCAGGCAGAGCGCUCCUCAGCAGCACAAGGGGCACUGCCGCCCGCGCCGCCCGCACCUCGGGUGGAUUCCCAGGGCAUCGCGUCCCAAG